GCGGUCCUGCUGUAGCGAGAAUGGUUUCUCAACAUUUGCAUAAUUAAUUAGCAACCCUGGAGUUUCCCCCGGCUUCUGGUGGGGGAAAAUGGAUCUCUGCAUCUUUAAGGCUCCGCGGGGCUGCCUGCUCUGGCGACGCAGGCAGGGCCGGCUCUGCCGCAGCGGCUCAUUCCAUCGCUAAGGUCCAGUUAGCCAAGGUGGAGGAUGGGAAAAGAAUGGAGCUGUCCCAGCUCCUCAAUGAGAUCAGGGCAAACUAUGAACAGCUCCUCACCAGAAAUCAGAUAGAGACGGUGUUGUCGACGCGGAUCCAGGUAAUGAUUUCAUUCAGCCAGGAUGUCUGUCAACAGGAAAGGGGCCUUGAGAACUCCCUGCAGGCCAGUGAGCAGCAUUACCAGAUGCAGCUGCAAGAUCUGGAGUCAGUGAUUGGCGGACUGGAGAAGGAGCUGCAGGAAGUGAGGCGUGGCAUCGAGAGGCAGCUUCAAGAGCAUGAGAUGCUUCUCAACACAAAGAUGAGGCUGGAGCAGGAAAUAGCCACGUACCGCCGCCUGCUAGAACAGGAAGAGAUCAGAUAUUAUGGUUGUAUCCAAGGAGAGAAAAAAGAAGAAAAGCCUACCAAGAGUAAAGUUGGCUUUCUUCUCCCCUCAGCCAUUAUAAAUGAAAUAUCUUUUUCAACAAAAGUCUCUCAAAAGUAUGAAAAUGAAAAUAUGGAAACAGUGACCAAACAGGCAGUAGUGAACGGAGACGUGAAGGAGAGCACCAAGGCCCACGGUACCAUUCAGACAGAGAAAGUGGAUGAAGUUAUAAAAGAAUGGGAAGGUUCAUUCUUUAAAGAUAAUCCUCGACUGAGGAAAAAGUCUGUUUCUCUCCGGUUUGAUCUCCAUCUAGCAGCCACUGAUGAGGGCUGUUUAGAGAGUAGACAAGAUAAUCUUCCAGAUAUCGAAGUCAGACUUAUCAUGAGAAGAUCCUGUAGUAUUCCCUCCAUCAAACCCCCACCAGGAACCAACUAACCCAGAGAGAGUGUUUAGCAAGGGCACUAGGAUGGACCUAUGUAGGCCAUACAGACCCCAGUCCCAAAUGUACGUUAUUUUACAUGGAUGGAUAGUGUUAAGAUGCUGUGGGCUGUGGCUCUCUUCAGAGAACACAUAAGUAAGAGAUGACGCUGCUAGGACUCCAAAGAUGGAGUCCUAGUUUUUUGUUGUUUUUAUUGUUUGUUUUUUUGUUUUUGUUUUUGUUUUUGUUUUUUGAGAGGGGUUGUGGAUUCUGUUUUAUUUGUCAUCUAAAUAGUCUUUAUUCUGGUGAGCUUUAGCAGAGACUUUAAAUAUUAUGGUGACUUCAUUAAGUCUGUAAUUUUCCUCAAAGGCUAAACAUCCUAAGAAAAACAGAAUAGCUUGUUUGAAAACUGAAGAGCUACAGUGAUUUACUCUCCGUGGUUCCAGGACCGGCUGAACCUAGAAUGUUCUACUUCUAAAAAGGCAGCAGUUAGGAACAAACAUUUAAGGAGCAGACUCUUAAUUCACUUAAGACUUUUCCUUUUGAGACAAUCAUUUGAACCCUGGAAAUUGCGAAGUGUUCCAUCCAUGAGCGAUUCUGAAUGAACUGUAGAGCAUUCUCCAAGGCUAUUUUGAUUAUUAAUAAAAUUGGGUUACUCUAUAUCUUUAUCUUAAAGCUUUUUAAAAAUCACUAUCAGGAGAGUCAGUUUGUUAAAUGAUAAAGGUUGUACACACACACAGACACACACAGACACACACACACACUCCAGCUGUACAAACCUUUUAAAGCACAUUGUGAUGAUGCCAGUUACUAGGACAGUUACCCAGCUGCUCGCCAUCUGCAAAAUGAAGUGUGAGUAGCCUGUGCUAUGGGCCUGAGGGGAGAAAUUCUAUGAACUCGGAGAAAUAGUCCUUGCAGUCAUUUCUGUGAGCUAACAGCAUAGUAUUGCUAUCUGAGCUAAGAGUGCCUGCAGAGCUUGUUUUUAAAUUGUUCAAACUGUAAUAAAUAGAGAUGUAAAAUAUAUUUGUGAAUAAGUGGAAAAUUGUUGCAAAGUUUUUUCUGUUUUUGUUUUUAAUUAUUAUUAUUUACAUAUAUGCCUGCACCCCAGAAGGAAGGCAUCAGAUAGAAUUACAGAUGGUUGUGAGCCUCCAAGUGGUUACUGGGAAUUGAACUCAGGACCUCUGGAAGAGCAGCCAGU